AUGCCGAUACAAUUUUACCCCCCGGAGCGCAACCAAUUUGCUGAAUCAGUGCAUUGUCCACCUGAAUGUAUAAUUCCGACCACCAACUCUCAAGCGUACCAGCUCUACCCGGAGUUCCGCUGGGUCUAUAACAAGCUUACAGUCGCCGAGUUACAAGGGAUCAAGUGCGGGCCACACGCGACUGAGCCAGAUGAGGAUCUUUAUCCAAUAUUCAGCAAACCCUUGUUGAGUCUCCGGGGAAUGGGGACAGGCGCACGGACUAUCAGUACCCGGGAGGAAUACUGGCAGUCCAUAACGCCGGGCCAUAUGUGGUGUACUUUAUUGACGGGGACGCACUAUAGCACGGACAUUGCGGUUGUCGCUGGUAAACCGGUCUGGUUUAGCCACACGAUGGGUGUUCCGGGCAUAGACCAAACGUUCGACUACUGGGAGGUCAAUGCCACGGAUAAGGAGAAUGUGCAGCGAAACGUCGCCGAGUUCAUCGAGACCCACCUGGGUAAAUAUACUGGUAUGUUGAACGUGGAGUCUAUCGGAGGGAAGAUUAUCGAAGUCCACUUGCGGUUCACUUCCCAAUGGCCGGAUCUGUAUGGAUGCUGGUUCUUCCCCGCUUUGGUGAGCCUUUACGGUGGCAACGGUUGGACGGGGCCGCAGACAAGUGGGAAAACGGCGUACAGCGUGCCUCUGUUUGUUGAUGAGAAGUAUGCGUAUCUUUCACCAUCCAUACACCGAUCUACUCUCCAGGAAUUGAAAAGGGUCUUUCAUCUCAGCAGUCUGGUGGUGGAAUAUGAUCCAGCGGUUCCUGUAGGAUCGUGGCCCAGGCCGACAGGCGGCUUAAGGAUAUUGACUAUCAAUGGAUUUGACUUGGAAAGAUGCAUGUUAGCAAGACGGAUGUUCCGGACCUAUUUGCAUGAUCGGUAUCAUGAACAGCUUACUGUGGACUUUAAUGCAUGGUUUAAGGAGGGGCUCAGUUUCCGCAUCAAUAACUUCCCUGAGUCUUCUGCUGAAGGGGGCUCUUGCGAUGAAUGA